AUGGGCCCCAACCAGACGAGAGGAGAUGGCUGGGUCGAGGAGGUGUGCAUCCGCAGUCAAAUCGACAAGAGGGAGCCACUCGAACAGGUUCCCUGCGUCCACUGUGAUCAAGCGUUCCAGGGGACCGAAUACUGGGUCAUCCGCGCGCCGCACCAGCCUCGCUACCAGAGCCGUCAACUCCAAGCACAAGGACCCGAGGACGCGGAGUUAAAGGAGUGGGCUUUGCGUGAAGGUGUCCUGAUCCGAUCCGCCGGAGGCUCACUGGUACUUCUGGGCCAGCAAAAGCCUACUGAUACAUACCCGGUUCACUCCACUAACGUUAACACUUUUCUGCUCGCGGAUACAGCACAGAGAACCCUCGACGAUUUCGAGUGCAGGAGACCGCGAAGGCGAACCUCCGGCGGCCAGGGCUGUUCGAGGGAGGGUUUGCGGCAGGGGACGGUGCGCUGGCGAUCGAUCAAAGAGAGAUCCGGCGGCUAG